GGCGCACCGGUAGUCUGCGUGACGCCCCGACUCAAUCGCACCUCUGUCCCGUCACCGGCUGCUCUCCUCUCACUUUCUAAUAGAAAAACAAAAAGACGAUUUCCUGCGUACAACAAAAGCCCAGUUCGGGCGUUUCCUUCAUAUCGGUAUGGCUUAGGAACUUUCUGCGUAAAGAGGAGGAACGGAACUUUCAGGGAUCCUUCUUCUGCAGCGGAUCACUCAAAAGGGACAGCAGGCUUGGUUUAAAAGCUGGAGGGGAAAGAUCUCACUGUCUUUUAACCUAAUACGCAUUUGUGGACGCACGGAUGGUAGGGUGUAACUUUCCUAUUCUGUGCCAGAAAGGAGCCUCUUCACGGUGUUAGGUGCAGAGGGCAUGCGAGCCUCUUCUUGGAUUGGGGUUUGGCUAUGAGGAAAGAGGUUCACCUGCUGGGCUAAGAGAACAGGAUCACACCGCACCAACAGAAUGCGGGAGCGGGGUCUCUGGAUUUGUGGAGUAGGUGUAUGGAGUCUACUGCUAUCCCUCUGUCUGGCUUCUUUCACACAUGCACACAGGAGUCAUACAGUGCACGUAAAGGCAGGAACAUGUGAGGUAAUUGCUGCCCACCGCUGCUGCAACAAGAACAAGAUUGAGGAGAGAUCUCAAACUGUCAAAUGUUCCUGUUUCCCUGGCCAAGUUGCCGGCACUACUCGGGCUAUGCCCUCCUGUGUUGAUGCAUCCAUUGUUGCCCAAAAGUGGUGGUGUCAGAUGCAGCCGUGUAUGGAAGGUGAGGAGUGCAAGGUUCUACCGGACCUCACAGGAUGGAGCUGCAGCACGGGCAACAAAGUCAAGACCACAAAGGUGACCCGAUAGUCCUGUUAUUCCAAUACAAGAAGUGCAGGAUGGUGGCAAAGUUAUUAACACAGAACAUUGGACUUGUCAACUUUUAAGGAAGUGCACUCAUAUGGAUUUCUAUGGGUAACCAGCAAUUGUUUAAUUUUUCCAAGGAUAUCCGGGAACUGAUGGCUGGAGAAACAGGACUCUAUUACUGCUUGUCAUCAUGUUAAACAUAGCUGACUUUCCGGAAGUCUUUUCAACAAAGGACUAUGUUACCCACAAUCCUUUAAUGCAACAAAAAAAGUGAUAAAAAUCUAUGAUUUAAAUAUAGUUAGAUAAUGGUCAAACAAAUUAUUUCCAAAAGCUCCUAUUCUUUAUCUGAAUUUUCUGGAUGUGUUUUAGUCCAUACUGUAUACGUUGUUGGAAUCCUUUUGAGCCCUGAAAGCGUCACAAAAAAGGCUGUUAAUCCAUAAUACUUGCCUCAUGUAGUAAUGGUGACAUAUUCAAAUUUACGUGUGCCACAUAAAACCUGCUUAAAGCUGUCAAAAAAAGAUUUUCAAUCUCUUUUGUUUUUUUCAUUUUUUUUCUACACUUUAAGAACAUUUCACCAUGAGCAGGUUGUGGCUUACCACAUGCCAUUUUUUUUUUAAAUACAGAGUUUGUCUUUUAUCUGCCUUUUAUUUUUUACAAAGAAUAAAAAUCCUUCCAGAGGCAAAGUUAGACUAAUACAAACUAAAUGUUAUGGUAUAUUAAAACAUAUAAACAUAUAAAAAACAAAAAAGUAAGAAUGGAAUGAAUGAAAUUAAUGGGGCUAGAAAUAAAUUGAUGCUCUAAUGAUUUUAAUAUCUGUGUUUUUAAAAACGCCUGUUAACCGCUAUUGAGUACAUGUGUCAGUAUUAUAUGAAA